AUGUACGAAUAUCUGCGAAUACAACAGUUUAGCUUUCGCGUAAUCGGCAUUAAUUUGUGGGCGCAACGGGAUCAGCGCAUUGCCAGCGCACCCUGUAGAUACUAUAGCUGGACCGUGGCUACAGCAAUUAUUACACUCCUUAUGGGUUUCUACAUUUACACCAGCGAGCAGGAUAAGGCGAUCCAAGUGUUAACGGUAUUUCUGCAAGGCGUGCUCUCUGUGAUCAAGAGUGGCAUGUUUGUGGCGAAGGGAAGACGCUUUAUAAAACUUAUACGUAGCUUAGAUAUGCUGGCGGCUGAAGCGAAUGUCAAAGAGGGGAAAGAGUGGAAGCAUGAAAAUGACUGGCAACAGCGCAUCGCACGUGUUUACUACAGUUGCUGCAUGUCAACGGGCACCCUAUAUUGUGCAGUGCCUGCCAUCAUUUUACUAUAUAGCUGGUGUUUCAAUGGACAUGCCAUCUUCAUACUGCCCUUCGAUGCAGCCUUUCCCUUCAACACCGCUCAUCCCUUCUUUUACACCGUCUCCUAUAUCUGGUGCAUCUCGUUCAUAAUCUACGCCGUACACGCCAUCGCCGCCAUGGAUUCAUUGUUUUGUUGGUUCAUCUUCAACAUUUCCGCUCAUUUUCGCGCGCUACAGCGUGCAGUGGAAACUGUGGGCGCGGCCAUGAGCGGUGCAGAAGACUACGCCAGCUUGCAUGGCAGAAUCACGCGAACAUUGCACUAUCAUCGCCGCAUCAUCGAGCUAUCAGCGGAAUUUGACGAACUCUACGCGCCCAUCGUAUUCAUCGAAAUUUCCGUAAGCUAUUUGAAACUCUGCUUCAGCGCUUACAAUCUUAUCAAUCUGGGUGACAUAUCUGGGCUGCCGGUGAUAGCUGUUGGACUUGUCACCAUCACUUUUCAGUUGUGCAUUUAUUGUUUUAGUGGCGAAAAAAUCAAAAAUGUGAGCGAAGCGGUUUCUGAUCGUAUUUAUUUGGCGUUCCCCUGGGAGCGUGUGCCUCCAUCCGUAAGGCGUUUGCUACUUUUGCCACUGAUGCGCGCUCAACGUGCCACCAAUUUAACGGGGUUUCUCUUCAUUGUCGAUCACAGCCUACUAGUGUGGAUAUUUAAAACUACCGGCUCCAUUAUAGGGUUUUUGUCGGCCACCAAAAGUGAAAACACAAACUCGUAAACUACUUAAAUCGUCACUUUAAAUACUUUAACUUUAAAUACUAAAUUACUAAAAAAAAUUUUCUGAACCCAUUUUAUUUUCCUGAAUAUUUUCUAUGAACAUAUUUUUGAGGUUAAAACCGCCUAAGUACCAAUCGAAAAUGUUUUUAUGCUUGAAGUAACUGACUUGGAAAUUAUCUGUACAAUAUUCUAUCGAGCGUAUCGUGUGAAAGAUUAAAGCACAUCGUCAACAAACUGAUUGGACCUUAUCACUGUGGCUUUUGACCUGGAAAAUUAACCACUGACCAGAUAUUCACCAUGCGCCAAAUUUUGGAAAAUACCCUUGAAAAGAGGAUCGACUCACACCACCUCUUCGUUGAUUUUGACGUUACGAAAAGGAGCUGU